UGUUAUACAAUCUUUAAUCAUCGCACGACAUUGCGGUAAAUGAAAUUUCAUAUCGAACAGCGCCCACAGUCAUAGUCAGUGUGUUCUAUUGUGCAAUUGUAGAGAGUACUAAGUGUAAGCGGUCAUAAGACCGCUCAAACUAUCGAAUAAUUAUAUAUAUGUAAGCAGAAGCCAUGAUGCUCGGCGUUCAUAAACGUACUGUCAUUUUUUAUAUAGCGCUGCUCUUUUUUCAACAAACGCAACCACUUACAAAAGCAGCCAACUCGAAAACCAUAAAUGGAAGAAAUCCCGAUACAUAUUGCGAUAUUGGAGGGUGUGCGUGCACUGCAACUGCUGUGACGUGUCAGCUGAAGGAUUGUAACGCUAGUGGUCCACAAUUUAUAGGCGUACGUCGCAUAGAAUAUGCAGCACCUUCAAAUCACUGUACAUUAAAAACACGCACAAAAUACAACCACCUGUUCGUGCCACGCAUAAUUGUACCAGUGAUUAAAAGUUAUCUUAAAGAAUCCGAGUUUUCAAUGGAAAAUUGUCUGCAAACGCCAGAAGCGCUGCGACAGAAGAAACUAAGCUAUUACGGCACAGUAGUGCACGAUAAACUUAGUGCUGCUAACGGAGGAGAAGAUAUUUAUUUUCAAAAUUCGCACAAUUUAUGGGAACUGAACCAUAUAAGCGAAAAUGCUAGCAGUGGUGAACUAAUCGCGCAGCUAUUACUCGAUUUGGAUCAACUUAAGGAAUUGGACUUGACAGCUGAUUGCACAGGUGGCGCCAAUAUAAUUCCCGGCGACUUGCUGCAUACAUUAGACACGUUAGAGACGCUGCGCUUGGACAUCAGCGGCGCAAGGCCACAAUUGACAGCGGCGCAUUUCCGCGAUUUAAAAAAACUGAAAAUAUUGCGCUUGGAUGAUAAUCGCUUGCGCACGCUUGCUGCAGAUAUUUUUAAGCCAGUAUACAGUUUAGAGCAUUUAAACUUAUCACUGAAUGCGCUGGCGAGGCUACCCGCUGAUUUGUUAUCGGCGCAAUAUAAAUUGAAGUCGUUAGAUUUGAGUUACAAUAAACUCAAAUCGCUGCCGCACAACUUUUUUAAGAGGCAAGAGAACUUGGAGGUAUUACUGUUGGCACACAAUGAAUUCAGCAUGCCCAAUAAUGUUAUAGAACAUUCUGUGAACUUUUUCAAUUUGCGCGAAUUCGAUUUGAGCUACAAUCAAUUGAGCGGGCUGCGCGGCACGGGUUUGUAUGAAAAUAAAACGAUUUUAACGCGUCCGAUUCACACGCGUUUUAGCUACUAUUCCGCUUUAAACUUACAUGUUAAUUUAAGUCACAAUAACAUCAGCAUGCUCAGCUUCGAUUGGUUUAAAUACAUUAAAGAUUGCUACUACACUUACGAUCUCUCGCAUAACAACAUCAAGCAUGUAACGUUUUUGAAGCAUCCAGGUGUAAAUAUGGUGCGCUGCUGGCGGAAAUGGCUUCUCGCCAAUAAUCCGUUACAUUGUGAUUGCCAGUUGGCUUGGUUAAUAAAUAACGGUUAUCAAUUUGAUACUAGUGAUUGGCGCUGCACAUUUCCGGAAUACUUGUCCACACGUGCGCUAAAUGCGCUUAAUAGCAGCGCGCUCUGCAAUUGGUCACCUGCUUCAUGUCCUGAAAAGUGCGCUUGUAGUUAUGAUACUAGCGCGCUCUUAGUUAAUUGUACUAAAGCGCAACUUUCGCAGUUACCAAGCAUACCGCGCCCAGAACAGGUGAGCCGCAGUAGUACAACGUUAAACAUCAACAAUAAUACAUUAUAUGAACUGCCGUUGAACACAAGUUUUGGCUACGCACAAGUAACGCGCUUGUAUGCCGCUUAUAAUAAGCUGACCAGCAUACAUUCAAAGCGGCUGCCGCCUAACUUGACGGUACUGGAUGUGCGCGCUAAUAAACUAGAGCGCUUAAGCAAUUAUUUUUUACUAAGAUAUGUAGAAGCAAGUGAAACCUUAGAAGAACUGUAUAUUUCAGGCAAUCCGUGGAUUUGCGAUUGUGGCGCUGAGCUGCUCUUGCGCGUCGUGCGCGCGCAACGAAAGCGCAUACUCGACGCCGACGCAGCGCUUUGCGCCAACCUACCAAAUGUUACACUUACAGAUGUCAUUUUUACCGAUAUUUGCCACGUCAACAAGUCGCGUGCCAAGAUUUUUCAGUUAGCAUUAGUGCUUACGAUUGUUAUCACUAUGCUCAUUAGCGCCUUUGCGCUUUACUAUAAAUACAAAUUACAAAUAAAGAUUUGGCUAUAUGCGCAUCACAUAUGUCAGUGUUGUAUUACAGUGGAGACACUGGAUAGUGAUAAAACUUUUGAUGCUUUUAUAUCAUACUCGCAUCAACAACAACACUAUGUCAAUCAUAUAUUGCUGCCGCAGCUUGAGCAGGGCGAUCCACCAUAUCGCAUUUGCACACACGAACGCAACUGGUUAGCUGGCGCUUAUAUACCCGAGCAGAUUAUUGAAUCGGUGGAGCAGUCGCGUCGUACAAUCAUUGUGAUGUCAGAUGAUUUCAUCGCAUCGGAUUGGGCGCGCAUGGAGUUUCGCAUGGCGCAUCAGAGCGCUUUAAAUGAGCGACGCGCGCGCAUAAUUAUCAUAAAAUAUGGUGAGCUUACGAAUGUAACGCAAUUGGAUAAGGAGCUGCAGGCCUAUUUGAAAAUGAACACGUAUCUGGACUUUAACGAUUCGCGUUUUUGGCAAAAGCUGCGUUAUGCAUUGCCGCAUAAAAUCGGUAUUGGUAGUAAAUCCGACCAGCACGAAGGACAGAAGCCUAUUAACUUCAUUGGGCAAGAUAAGCUAAUUUUACGAUAAUAAUUAUAAUAAUCAAAAGAAAAGGUUUACAUUCAAGUAGAUUUGAUAGUUGCUAUAUAUAUGUAUAUAAAUAAAUGAAAUAAAUUCUUUUCUAGUGCGAAUAUA